AUGCUGGCUCCAGGCGAGGCCUGCCUUGGGGCCCCGGGGCGGUGCCCGAUGGCGGCGGAGCUGCUGGCCCCGCCCACGGGGCCGGCCCGCCUGGCGCCGACCCUCGCGUUGGCGAGUCCGCCGAAGGCGAGGGGCCGAGGCCCCCGCGGCGCCGCGGCCCGGAGGGCCAGGCUCGGCGGCGGCGCCCGCAGUGCCGCUGCUGGCGGCGGCGCUCGCCGCGCAGCACCGGCGGGCGCGGCGCGGCGCAGGCGGCGCGCGGCCGCGGGUGCGGCGGCGCGCGACCGAGACCGGCGGCGCGCCUUCUGUCCUUCUCACAUCAAUGUUUCCAGUAUCCAGUUCGGCGGCAGGGCCCGUAAUUACGACUGGCCGCCGAAGAAGACCACGUUCAAUCAGGCGGAGCAAGACGACGAUGGGAAGACUACACUGGUGCCAGAGGGUAGGACAAACGAGAGAAUGUCGAAGGAGAUUACCACUGUCGACCGCUGGCCGUUCUACGAGGUUGCCUUGUCGAACGUCCCAGAGGUGGAUCAGGACCUGCUCAAGCAGUACCGGAUCCUGGACCUCUCUGAUAACUGCUUGAGGGCGUUCAUGAUGAGCAAUCGCUGGGAGCUCGUCAACGCAGGGAGGUCUGCCGGCUUCGACAGGAAGGGCAUCGCGGCGAUCAGCAGCGCGAAGGUGGCCGUGCCGGCCCUGAACCGCAUCCUGAACGGGCUGGGCAUCUGGCAGAAUUGGCUGACGGCGGCUGCGGGCAGGGAAGUUACUCGGGAGUUCUUCGAGCAGUUCGCCGCCGAGAAGGGCGCCGACGAGGAUUCGGCGGCCGAGAUGCGGGCGAUCCUCUUCGGCGAGGACGCGGCAGAGGCGGCCGUCCGGGUCACUGCCCUCAUCGGGAAUCAGAAGGGCGCCGGGCUCGCCGUCUGGGCGCUGGAGCCGGGCAGCAGGAGCGCGAGGCUGGACCUCUGCCUGGGCGAGGACUGCCUCGCGGAAGGGCCUGACGUCGAGGUGGCGUUGCUGCGGGUGGUGGCCUCCGAGGCCAGGAAGCAGGGGGCGGAUCAGCUGCUGCGCGGCCGCGCCAGAGGAGGGGAAGCUGUUCCCUCCGGCGUCCUUCAAGAGGUUGGGACUGACCGCGGUGCCUGCUGCCACGAGAGGAUGGAAGAUCGACCUGGGGGACGACGCCGAGGAGACCGACUGGAACGUCUCCAAGGAGCUAGAAGAUUUCGAAGACGAGGAGAAGUGGAUGAAGCUCAACCGCUUGCGUGA